AUGCUCCGCGCUUUCUCGAUGCUCCGCAACUCGACGCUCGCCGACCCGUCGUUCCUCUUCAAAGUUGGCACCGAGAUUGUGAUCGACUCUUGCUGCACGACAUUUGCGGAGGUGCAGAAGAGGAGAAAGGAUUUUUGGGCGGAGUUUGAAUUAUAUGCUGCUGACCUUCUUGUUAGUGUAGCAGUUGAUAUUGCACUUGUGGGGCUGCUGGCUCCAUAUGUGAGAAUUGAGAAGCCAUCUGCUUCAACGGGGCUCUUUGGAAGAUUCAGCAGGAUGGCUGGAUCUUUGCGAAAUAGGUGA